AUGUCACUACGAGCUCUAUCCCGCGCACCGCGCCAGGUCUGUCUAGCAGCGAGGAGACAGUAUGCGACCAACUAUGAUCAGCGCACCAAAGAAACACUGAAGGUAUCUUCGCGAUUGACGUGGCUCACCACAACCGCCGCCGUCGGUGCCGCGGCCCUCUACUACACCACCAGCUCCUCACCCUCCCCGGCUUCCUCACCCUCUCCAGCCUCCUCCACUUCUCCCAGCCCCCCGGAUCACAGUAAAUCCACUCGGCCGGGACACCGACACGAAUCCGCCUACGCCUCCGACGUCCCCAAGCCCGUUGAAGACCGCCAUGGCGACAGCGUCAACAAACACAGCAUCGCGGCGCACAAGAACCAGAACAAAGUUCGCGAGGGCAAAUUCUCAGGCAAGGAAUUUGACAAUCAUGUGCAAACACAUUCACCGGGGAAGCCUGAAGGUGAUUUCGAGAAGCGGUAG